CUUGUUGGCUUCUUUUACUUAAUUUCCAGAAUCCCAUAGGUCUCUGGAGUCCAGGAGGACACAGGUGUCCGUCCCCCCUGCCUGACGCCGCCCUAAAUCCUGCUCCGCGUGGUGCCGGAUUCUAGAGCUCGUGGCAGGCACUCAUCUCCCCAGAUCGCCUGACCUCUGCCUCCUUCCCCCUACCUUCCUCUUUCCCCCCUCCCCCCGCGUCUGCACUCACGGGAGGGCGAGGCAGAAAAUGACCGGAGGGGUGGGGAGGAGGCCCUGAUUUGGAGAGAUAAGCGAAAAGGAGGGAGAGGUUUGGGCGAGAUAAGCGAGGUCGGCUUUGGGUAUGGAUGGGAAGGGGAUUGUGGGGAGAAAGGAGCCCAAGACCCAAGUGAGUCAGACCGACUAUUGGGAGGCGCAGACCCGGGCUGGGAGGGUGGUGCGUCACCAAGUGUGAGUCUCCCAGGCGCCUGGGGGAAAAGCUCUCGGCUGGGAGGAGACACUAGCAACUCCCAGCCGGGCGGUUUGCUUUUUCUCCUGCAAACACACUUUACUGCUCUCCUUCCUACUAAUAGAGGGAGGAAACACUGAGGAAAGCCAGGGGCAGAGUCUCGUUUAGAGAAACCAGAGGCUGAAAGCUUCAGAUUUAGUAAAGUUAAGAGAUUGAAGGCCUCAGAAGCAGAACGAAACAAUCAGAGAGGUGCAAGGACAGAAUGAGGGACUCGCGUACAAAGGACACAAUUUGAAGAUAAAAGGGAAAAAGAGACAUGGGGAUUCAAAUGAUGGCUCAUAAGGAUAGACUUGAAGAUAAAGACAGAAACAAAGACCCAACGAAAGACAGAUUCGAGAAAGGGAAUUGAGACUAAGAGACCGGGAGACAUUUACAAAGAUUGAUUCAGAAGUAGUCGGCACUAGGACAGAUAGAACACUAAUACUGGAAGCCAGAAACUUGAUAAAGGGAGACCAAGAAUAAAGACAGAUUUGGAAAUAAACAAAAGGAAACUAAGAAAUAAAAAUAUUCAGAGACAAAAACAAACGUUGCCAAGAAAUAGACGCCUAAGUAUAUCAUAAGAAGCAGAAGGGUUGAGGAAACUGAAGUCUACGAUAUUUGCUCACACACUUUAAAAAAUGGUAGCAUCAAAUCUUACAUUUGGGUCUUCUGGCACAAAGCUAGAACUCUAGGAUAUGCCAGGAUGAAAAUUCAAGAAGCAGAUUUGUGAGGCACAGCAAAACAAGUAAAUUCCAAAUUAUACAGUCUUUGAUUUUGAAAGGAAUCUCAAAGAUUAUCAAAGUCCAAGUUCUCAACGUAGGGAUCUCAACAGCAUCAUUGUCAGUAAGCCUAUAUUUGAACUAAACUUUGGGAGAUAGAAAAAGAGAUACCAGGGGAGAUUCAAAUGGACAGAGAUACUAAGGGACAGAGAGAGAGGGAGAUGGGAAGAGAUUCAGGUGGAGAAAGAUAUUUAAAAACACUCUAUAAACAAACAAACAAAUACAUAUAUGGCAAAAAAGAGAUUUAAUACAGAGACACAAGGACCCAGGGGCAAGAUUUCAAUGGAGAAACAAGGAGAUAAAAUAGAAAUAAAUAGAGAGGGAAAGAGACAGAAACUGAAGUCUACAAAGGUCUGUCUUUAAAUUUGCACUGGGUGGAAAGUACAGGGCUCCUCUCCUUUGGAAAACGAUCCUUGAAGAUGAAGCAAGUAGCAGUUUUAAGAAAUCUAAAGGGGACCUUUUGUACUCAUUGAUGGUAAAAAUCUGUGUUCAUACUGAGGUUUUGGGGCCAGACCCUCAUCCCUCCCAAAUUCUUCUCAAGUUUUAAAUCCCACAGCUGACAUUGCUAUCUUAUCAGGAAGUAAGUGGAUGAGGCUAGCCUCCCCUCCCCCAAGACCCCUCAGCAGUCUAUGCAUGAAGGGGUAGAGGCUCAGGUUACCCAUUUGCCCUUUCCUAAAGGUCUAUCUUUAACCUUUGCUGCUGGAAAUUCAACCCAGGCAAUGGGUAAGAGAAAGGCUUAAUACCUGCAUUGGGCCCUCCCCCCUCUCCCCCUUCUCCCCCUUCAGCUGAACCCCCUUCUUGGGGGGGGGUGAAAUUGGGAGAAUUACUUUUGGGGGGAGGGCACAGCAUCAGUGGGGGUUGGAGGAGUGUCUUGGAGACUAAGAAUUUGCCUUUGGUGGGCAACUUGUUGGCUGCCAGUCACUAAGCUGGGUAUGAGAUAGGGGAGGGGCUAAACAGAAGGGCGGGGUCAGUAAUAAAUGCCAGGCUUAGGAGUGAUAGCCACACACUGUCCCAGCAGCAAUCGGUACCCCAAGACCUAGCCCAAGGAACUCCAGCGGUGCUUCUUCACUGAAAAAGUCUGCAGUCAUGGCAAUGCAGAAGAUUUUUGCAAGAGAAAUCCUAGAUUCCAGGGGGAACCCCACAGUGGAGGUGGAUCUACACACAGCCAAAGGCCGAUUCAGAGCUGCUGUACCCAGUGGGGCCUCCACUGGGAUUUAUGAAGCUCUGGAGCUGAGAGAUGGAGACAAAAGCAGAUACCUGGGGAAAGGAGUGCUUAAAGCUGUGGAACACAUCAAUAAGACUUUGGCCCCUGCUUUACUGGAGAAGAAAUUAAGUGUUGUGGAUCAAGAAAAAGUCGAUAAAUUCAUGAUUGAACUUGAUGGAACAGAGAACAAAUCUAAAUUUGGGGCCAAUGCCAUCCUGGGUGUGUCUCUGGCUGUAUGUAAGGCAGGAGCAGCAGAGAAGGGGGUUCCCCUCUACAGACACAUCGCGGACCUUGCUGGGAACCCAGAACUUGUGCUACCAGUACCGGCCUUCAAUGUAAUCAAUGGAGGAUCCCAUGCUGGAAACAAGUUGGCUAUGCAGGAGUUCAUGAUCCUGCCCGUGGGGGCUGCAUCAUUCCGAGAGGCAAUGCGUAUUGGGGCUGAAGUUUACCACCACCUAAAGGGUGUCAUCAAGGCUAAGUACGGGAAAGAUGCCACAAAUGUAGGAGACGAGGGUGGGUUUGCCCCCAACAUCUUGGAGAACAAUGAAGCCUUGGAGUUACUGAAAACAGCCAUCCAAGCAGCUGGUUACCCAGACAAGGUGGUGAUUGGUAUGGAUGUUGCUGCCUCUGAGUUCUACCGAAAUGGAAAAUAUGAUCUUGACUUCAAAUCUCCUGAUGAUCCUGCUCGGUACAUCUCUGGGGAGAAGCUGGGGGAGCUAUAUAAGAGCUUCAUCAAGAACUAUCCUGUGGUUUCCAUUGAAGACCCCUUUGAUCAGGAUGACUGGGCCACCUGGACUUCAUUUCUUUCUGGAGUUGAUAUACAGAUUGUAGGUGAUGACCUCACUGUCACCAACCCUAAGCGCAUUGCUCAGGCUGUAGAGAAGCGAGCCUGUAACUGCCUCUUACUGAAAGUCAACCAGAUUGGCUCUGUCACUGAAUCCAUCCAGGCUUGCAAACUGGCACAGUCUAACGGCUGGGGAGUGAUGGUCAGCCAUAGGUCUGGAGAAACAGAAGACACCUUCAUAGCCGAUCUAGUGGUGGGACUCUGUACUGGUCAGAUCAAGACUGGGGCUCCCUGUCGUUCUGAGCGUCUGGCUAAAUACAAUCAGCUCAUGAGGAUUGAGGAGGCACUUGGAGACAAGGCUAUCUUUGCUGGGCGGAAAUUCCGUAAUCCCAAGGCCAAGUAAAUGGAAGAAAUGUCCUUGAUCAACAGAGACAUUUGAGUCCAUCAUUAUCUCCAACACUCCUUUCAAUAAAGUACUUUGGACAGUAA